CCUCCUCGGUGCGGGCGAGCGCGCAGCGAAGCGGGAGGAGCCCGAGGAAGCCGGGGUGCGAGCGGGCGGCGGCGGAGGAGGAGGAGGCGGAGGCGGAGGCUCCCGUCGGUCUCCGACAGGACUGACGGCGGCGCGGCCGCUGGCGGGACCUUAUUUGUGAGAAGUGCCAUAGGCCGGAAAAGCAAAAAUGAGAGUAGCAGGAGCUGCAAAGUUGGUGGUGGCUGUCGCAGUAUUUUUAUUGACAUUUUAUGUUAUUUCUCAAGUAUUUGAAAUUAAAAUGGAUGCGAGCUUAGGAAAUCUAUUUGCUCGAUCUGCACUGGACUCAGCCGCUCGCUCUACGAAGCCUCCCAGGUACAAAUGUGGGAUCUCUAAAGCAUGCCCUGAGAAGCAUUUUGCUUUUAAAAUGGCCAGUGGAGCAGCCAAUGUUGUGGGGCCCAAGAUCUGCCUGGAAGACAAUGUUUUGAUGAGUGGUGUUAAGAACAAUGUUGGAAGAGGAAUAAAUGUUGCCUUGGUAAAUGGGAAAACAGGGGAGGUACUAGACACCAAAUAUUUUGACAUGUGGGGAGGAGACGUGGCACCAUUCAUUGAGUUUCUGAAGAAUAUACAGGAUGGAACGGUGGUGUUGAUGGCAACGUACGAUGACGGAGCAACCAAGCUCACUGAUGAGGCGCGGCGGCUCAUUGCUGAGCUGGGGAGCACAUCCAUCACAAGUCUUGGAUUUCGAGAUAACUGGGUCUUCUGUGGUGGGAAAGGCAUUAAGACAAAAAGCCCCUUUGAACAGCACAUAAAGAACAACAAGGACACAAACAAGUACGAAGGAUGGCCUGAGGUGGUGGAGAUGGAAGGAUGCAUCCCCCAGAAGCAGGACUGAAGGGAGUGUGAAGACCAGAGGACGCACUUUGAUUCUGAAGGAGAGCUGUAAAGCAGCCGCUCCAUGUACAUAUUUUAGUAGCAUGCGGCCGGCCAAGGGCGUGCAUGAGCAAGAUCGUCUCUGUUGAUUCCAGGAUUAUUUAUUGCUAACAUAAAUGGCUACCUUUGUAAAUAGCCCUCAUACUGAACAAAUCACUGAACCAUUUUUAAGCACAUUUCCCCUAAAAGUACAAUGUUUAGACUUCAGUGGCAGUAAUGUACUUUAGUUCUAAACGCAUAUAUUCAAUGGGUAACCAGAAGGUUGUAUAGGACACUGAUUUAUAUUCUGGUUGCUGUAAGACUCUAUCAUGGAAAAACAUGCCUUUUAGGGAGGAAAUUUUGUUCGACAUAUGUGUCUGUAUAGAUAUCUGGCAUGUGCUGACGGUAUCCUUUAAAUUAAAGAGAUUUUUGGCUAGUUGUAUGUGUAAUGUUAUCAUACAGUCUGGUUCGUGAUGUACCUCUUUAUAUAACCUUUAUCUUUCCUUCCAAAGAAACCAAGAAAUAAAAUAUUUCACACAAAAAUAUUCAUCAGAUUUGUGAAAAGCACAAAAAUUACGUUUUAAAACACUGAAACACUAAUGUAUGUGUCAUUUGGGGCUCAGCUUCUAGACUUUGUGUUAGCGGUCUGAAGUAUGUGUUUUUGUAUAAGCUAUUUAGAGUAAGCCUAGAGAUGGGACAGAAGCGGAGAACGAGGCCUAGUCCCUUCCUCAACCUAAUCGGGUCAUUCAGGACAGCAGUUAGUGAAGUUGGGGUAAUACAGGCAUCUGUCUACUUUGCCCCCUUCACUAACCUCAUGGUCUGAGAAGAGGAGUACUUCAAUCACAGCUUUGAUUUAUAAACCAAGAAACUCUGUUACUUACUUCUAGCUUCAUAAUAGUAACUGUUGCCCAACAUUAUAGCAGAGUAUUUAAAAAGUCCUAAUUACUUUAUUAGAGCACUAAAUACCUAUGGUAUGCAACAUAUUUGGAUUGGCUUAAAAUGUAACAUAAACAGAUGUAGUGCUCAUGCUGCCUUUGGUGGGAUGAAGCAACACUUAAAAUUUGAACCUAAAAUUUAGGUGCUUUGUAGAAAAAUCGAAAAGCAGUGUUUGCUAUUUUGUUAAGAAGCUGGAAGCAAUUCUGUAUUUCUUGACUAUUCCUGACCUUGUGGUACUGUUUCUCUCCACAAACUGAAUGUAGUAGCUCCAGGAGACACAUCUCCCUUGUUCAGACAAGUUUUGUAAACUUUUAAGAGUUCUGGUGCUUCUAUACUAGCUCAUAUCCAGCAUGUAUGUCCUGCCAUGUAAAAUAAUUCCCUUGAUUCUGUAAGCCAUUUUAUAGUUUCUGGGGAUUGGAAAAUAAAUGUUGUAGGGUUUUUUGUUUUGUUUUGUUUUUAAAUAAUGUAAGUAGUCUUGGUUUCACAUUGUGAAUUUGUGUGUGUGUGUGUGUGUGUUUGACAAAGUAUAUACUAUAUCUGCAGAACAUCACAUGAAUAUCUUUUGACAAAUUUUUGUACUUAACAUAUAAAAAAUUAAGUCUCUGCCAUUAAACACAGUCAUACUCUGUAUAUAUUUGAACAUGUAUAGAAGUUAAGUUGCUUGACAACAGGCUAUCCCUUUGAGUUUUAAAGACUGGCAAGAUGGGGUUUACAGUUGUAUAAAAUGUUAGGUUGGUUAUGUAACUGCUACCAUUCGGUCAUUUUCGUCUGGAUCCUGUCUUGUACUGGUUGCACCAGCUUAACUCUGGAAGCAAUAAUCGACUGUUUUACUUUCACAUCAGCCUUAGAAGUAAAGGAUGCUCAUGUAAUGUCGAGAAUUUUCUUCAUUAGAAUCACAGCUCCAACACUGACAUGUACUGGUCCAAGUGAUGAGAGGGGGUCUGCGGAUGCGGUUCCGUUUGUAAUCACAGGUGCUUCCCUAGCAGAGGUGUGGGAGGUGGCUGUGAAAACAGAAAGGAAGGGGCAUAUAAGUGGAUAUUUGGGAAAUAAGAAAAACAAGAGAACAUUUAUAUCCUUUAAUUUUAAUUUGGUUCAAGUUAAAUUCAUCAUUUUGCCAAAUUUGUUUUUAAAUAAAUCAGCUAAUGUUUUGCAAUUUUUACGAUAAUUUAGCUUGUGUUUUUUAUUUCAAAGGUCUUACACAAAUGCUAAUUUAACCUCAUAACGAUGCAUUGUUCGUUCUGUUUUGUCAACCCCCCUCUCCCAUCCGUUUUAAAUAAAAGGAAGAGAAUUGCA